AUGAUGCAAGGACAAGUAUUCAAAUGUUUCAUCAUAUUUAUAACAAUCAUCAAAUAUAUUCAUAGUUUUGAAAUAUUUAUUGAUAAAACAAACAAUGAUAAAGAUCAAAAUAUUGAAUAUUUAACAUCGUUUGGUAAUAAAUCAUAUGAAAUAUCUUUAUUUCAAAUACGUCAUAUUACAAUACAAGUUGAUUCAAAUGAUUUUUAUCAUAAUAAACAUAAUAAUAGUAAUGUAGUUGGAUUUAAAAUUCAAAUAAAUUCGACCAAUCCUAAAAUUAUCAAUCUUCGAAAAGAAGUUCCAAUAUCAACAGAAACUAUCAAAAUUAAUAAUUCAAAUACUAUCCUAGUAGAAGAUUUAUAUAUUUUAUCUCGUAAAAAAAGUCUUGGUCAUAUUUUUAAUGCAUAUCCUUCACCAACAUUAAUUUAUCUUAAACAAAAUUCAACAAAUGAUUCAAAUAUUCAUAUGACAUGGUCAAUGAAAGGUAAUGCAAUGGGUUUAACAAAAUUAAUAUUUCAUUUGGAUAUAUUUUACGAUGAUGACACAUCAUUAUCACGUUCUUGGUCAUUAAAUAUUCUUGUAAUACAACCAAAACGUCUUAUUGAUAAAUUAUUUUAUACAAUUAUUCCAUUUAUAGUUAUUAUUAUUUCAAUAUUAAUGGGUUUUUUACUUGAUCUCAAAAUAAUAACUGAUCUUUUAAAAAAUCCUAAACCAGUUAUUAUUGGUUUUCUUGCUCAAUAUGGUUUAAUGCCUUUUUUAGCAAUGGGUAUUGCAAAAAUUUUUCAUUAUACACCUUUAUAUAGUCUUGCUCUAUUUGUUAUUGGUUGUUGUCCAGGUAGUGGUGCUUCAAAUCAAUGGACAGUUCUAUUUGAUGGUGAUGUUAAUUUAUCUGCUAUAAUGUCAUUUGUUUCAACUGCUGCAUCAUUUUUUAUGAUGCCUCUAUAUUUUUAUACAAUAGGUAGAUUUUAUAUGGAUGAACUUUCAAUUCGUAUACCAUUUUUAAGUCUUGUACGUUCAUUAGCACUUGUUGUUAUACCAUAUAGUAUUGGGAUAGUUAUAAGUUAUUUUUAUCCUAAAACACGUCCAUUUAUUAAAAAACUUAUUAAACCAAUAAUGAUAUUUGUUUUAUUAUUUUUUCUUACAUUUGGUUUAAUUGUUAAUUGGUAUUUAUUUAUAAUGAUUGAUUUAUAUACAGCAUUAACAGCACCAUUAUUACCAUUUUUAGGUUUUUUAUUUGGUGGUAUUCUUGCUUGGAUAUUUCGUAUGAAUUGGACACAUAUAAAAACAAUUGGUAUUGAAGCUGGAAUACAAAAUGUUGGUAUUGCAUUUAUAAUUAUAAUGUAUUCAUUUCCACAACCAUAUGCAACACAAGGUAUGAUUGUACCAAUGAUUGUUUCAUUUUUUACAACAAAACCAUUUUGGAUUAUUUUAAUUAUACGAAAUCAAAUAAGAAAAUAUAAACAACGAAAAGAAGAAAAAAAAAAUUUAAAUACUAAUGGAGAAAUAAUUCAUGAUAAUGAUAAAUUACAAUCGAAUAAUGAAGAAAAUUUAAAACAAGAAGAUAUCAUUGAAAUUAUAAAAUGA